UCCUAUCAGCAAUUAAUAACACAACAAUGGCUACUUACUCCUCAGUCCUCUCUCUCAGCCUUUGCUUCCUCGUUCUCUCCCACUGCUGUUUUGCUCAGCUCUUAGAGCAACAGCAACAGAACGUAUGGCAGAGACUUCAACAACAGCAACAACACCGCGCUCUCAGGUCGAAAACCGAGUGCCAAAUUGAGCGUUUGAACGCUCAAGAACCAACCCGGAGAUUCGAGUCUGAGGCCGGUGUUAUUGAGUUCUGGGAUGCUACACAUGAGCAAUUUGAGUGCGCCGGAGUUCAAGCCGUUCGCCAUCAAAUUAGGCGAAAUGGACUUUUGCUUCCUUACUAUACCAACACUCCUCUGCUCAUGUACAUUAUUCAAGGACGUGGUAUUCACUCGACUGUGAUACCGGGAUGUGCUGAGACAUAUGAAACAGAAUCUGGAGAAUCCAGAACCGGAGAAAGACGCCGGAGUUUCAAUGACAGGCACCAGAAACUCAGACGUUUCAGAGCUGGUGAUGUUCUUGCUUUGCCGGCGGGAGUCACUUUCUGGAUGUACAAUGAUGCCGAGGAACCAAUUGUCACUGUCUCACUUCUUGACACUUCCAACCACGCUAAUCAACUUGAUCUCACCUUCAGGAGCUUCUUCCUAGCUGGAAACCCACAGCGUGGAGUACAACAACAAUUCGUAGGAAGACAACAAGAAACAACAAUGCAAGAAAGGAGAUCAGAACAAGAGACAACAUCUAAAGGAGGCAACAUUUUCAACGGUUUCGACACUGAGAUUUUGUCGGAAGCAUUCAACGUCGACGUCGAAACCAUAAGGAGACUUCAAGGACAGAACGAAGAGAGAGGUGUAAUUGUGAGAGCAGAAGAGCUUCGUUUAACUCUACCUGAAGAAUCUGAACAAGAAGAACGAAGGGAACAACAACAAAGAGAAGGAGGAAGAUGGCCAUUGAAUGGGUUGGAAGAAACAAUAUGUACAAUGAAGUUCAGGGAGAAUAUUGGUCAUCCUUCUAGAUCUGACGUGUACAAUCCACGUGGAGGACGCGUCAGCACUGUUAACAGCUUGAGUCUUCCUAUUCUUAACUUUCUCCAACUCAGUGCUGAGCGAGGAACCCUCUACCGGAAUGCAAUAGUUGCACCACACUGGAACAUGAACGCCCACUCUAUCAUCUACAUCAUCAGAGGAAGCGGCCGAAUUCAGGUGGUGGGAAACGCGGGACGAUCAGUAUUCGACGACGAAGUCAGAGAGAAUCAGCUACUAAUUGUGCCACAGAACUUUGCCAUAGUGAAGAGAGCAGGCAAUGAAGGACUAGAGUACAUUGCUUUUAAGACUAAUGACAAUGCAAUGGUUAACCCACUGGCUGGAAGAUUAUCAGCACUUAGAGCAAUGCCAGAGGAAGUGUUAAUGAACUCUUACCAAAUUUCUAGGCAAGAAGCUAGGAGUUUGAAGUAUAAUAGGGAGGAGUUGACUGUUUUUGGACCAGGGUCUAGAUCUAGCAGGAGAGAAGAAUAUGCUUAGAAAAUGGAAAUAAGUGUAAUGUAAUGUUUGAAUCUUAUGUUGUGUUUUGCUAUGUUUUAAGUUGGGCCUUGUAUUAUAAGAGAAUAAAAUGGCUGAGAGUCUGGUUUUAAGAACUUGUACUGCGGAA